UUUUGGUGCAGUAAUUUAGUGUCUGACAAGAAUUGGCCUCCACCGUGACUUGAGGUCGGUCUAGUCACUCCUUGCACCUUUAUACAAUCACUGGGGGUUCAAAACUUUUCCCUGCCUACUGUCCUUCAUAACUUUUGGAAGCACUACCAGGAAGUCACCGAACGAAACCAACGACCGAAAGCAAAUCAAAGGAACUACACGAUGUACUCUACUUUCAUUCGCCUCGCAGAGUCUGCGACCACGAAGAAUUUGGACCUGCGCCAGGCGAGCGUUGCACUAUACCCGCCAAUUCCCCUAUACCGCAGAUUACUCAGGGCGCACAGGAGACUCCCAAUUGAAAUGCGUUCAUUGGGUGAUGACUAUGUCAAAGCUGAGUUUAGAAGGCAUAGAGAGAUUACCAAUCCAGUACACAUCAUGGGAUUCCUGACACAGUGGAAGAUGUACUUGGAUGAGCUACCUCAAGAUCCCUCGGACUCGAGAAGUUUCAAAAAACUAGAUCCCACAGUAUACGAAAAGAUGUCUGCAGAACAACUUGGACAGUUGUACGAGUUCAUGCACGCGACUAAAGAGAUAUGGAAACCAGUGAACGAUGAACAGGACCAGACUGAGAUUAAGAAAUAACAUACUCAGUGGCUGUUAUCCAUAACCUGUCCUUCGCGCGCAUAUACCCUUCCGCUUUGUUCCGUGAAGCCCCUGCGCCUUCCGACACGGCCGAACCUAGACCAAGGAAUGAAAUCGUCACCAUGACCCGUUUACAAUAUACCCUUCCGCUUGGUUCCGUGAAGUUCUACACGUUCCGCCAAGGCUGCAUUCGGAACCAAGACGUGACACCUUCAGUCAUCCAUGUCAUGUCCUUCGUGUGCUU